CCGCGUUUGGCCUCUUAGCCAGUUUGCUGGAGAACUGUGAAUCGACAGUUCGGAUUCAGGCCGUUUAGAGUCUAGUGUUUGACAAUUGGUCAUUUUAUAACCCCGAUGGCUGAAGUAAGUUGAAUUCAAUAGAUAAACAGAGGAGACCUGGGGUUUGCCUGAUUCUGUCUUUUACAGCUCACACGUGUAUUUGUCCCCCAGACGGACAGAUGGACAGACAGCUGUAGUCGUUGCUGCGGGCCGAACGCUCGGCUGAAGCUGAAAAGGAUCCUUUCUGAAGGUGUGUCUGUGAGCAGCCACCAUGGUUCAGCUGAACAUAGAUCUGAUCGCCAAAUCCAGAAACCACUUCAAGAAGAAAAGGGGCCUCUCCUUCCCCGACUACCUCAAGACACUCACGCACCUUCACUUCUCCAGCAAGAACAUCGAAGACAUCGGUGAUGUCUCCAUGUGCAGAAACCUCACUGUUCUGUACCUGUACGACAAUCAGAUCACAAACAUCUGCAACCUCGGCUUUGCCUCCAACCUCACCCAUCUGUACAUGCAGAACAACAACAUCGCUCGUAUAGAAAAUCUCUCCAGUCUGCAGAUGCUCUCCAAACUGUAUCUGGGUGGAAACCGGAUCGCAGUGGUGGAGGGCCUAGAGCAGCUCCGGGAGCUCAAGGAGCUUCAUCUGGAGAAUCAGAGGCUGGCACCAGGGGAGAAGCUGCUCUUUGACCCCAGGACUCUACUCUCACUCGCUGAAUCUCUUUGUGUCCUGAAUAUCAGUAACAACAACAUUGAUGAUAUCAGGGACCUGGCAGUGCUGAGGGGAAUCCAGAAUUUUUCUGCUGCUGACAAUGAAUUACACAACCUGGAGGAGUUAGAGGACGUGUUUGGCUUCUGGCCUCAGCUGCUUCAAAUGGAUCUGAGAGGAAAUCCUGCGAGUAAAAAAACAAAGUACAGAGAUCGUCUAAUUACCACAUGCGAAAGACUUGGGGUUCUUGACGGAAGGGAAAUUAAUGAGUUCACCAGACAGUUCCUCAUUAACUGGAAAACAUCCAAAGAGGCCAAGAAGAAAAAAACCAACCCUCUCAUGCUGCCUGGACCGUCGAGCCCCGAUCCCUUUACAAAUGACUUUCAUAUGACUCGGCGUCCACAUCCCGGUCACCUCUGCAGCCAUGACAGGCAGAGGUGGAAGCCACAGCAGUCUCUCAGCUCCGCUGUCCUCGCUCACACAGAUCUCAGCUGACAUUAACGACUACAUUGAAGAUUCCUAUGAGGGGGCUUCACGAGGCGGCAAAGGUGCUGAGGACCAACCCACCAGUCCGAUGACCUGUCCACCCACAGCCCAGAACUAACAGAGCUAUACUGCUUUAUUUACUGUUCAAUUCAGCUGCAGCUCUUUUAUCAUAUUAUUAUUUAUAGUCAGUGACCUCCACUCUGUGUGAGCUCCAUGACCCGUUGGAUUAUAUCAUCUGCCUUGUCUGGUUUCAAAGAAAUACUGUCACAUGUUCGAAUGUUUUGUUUUGAUCUUUG